AUGAGCUUUCUCCAGCAGUUUGGUUUCAAGCAUUUACUAAAGUGUUUUCUAAAGAUCAUUCAUUGCUGUUGGAGGUCUACAAAUAAGUAUUAUCUUAUUGGUAUGCUAUGUCUUCUUCCCUUAUAUAUUGCAAUGGAUUACAGAGAAGUUAUGACAUUCGACUAUCUAAUCUUGGCAUUCAAGAGGGACGAUGGAUAUACAAUGUAUGACUAUGCCACCAUGUCUGUGAAGAUAUUCCUUGUAAAGCUAAUCAUAGCCAUAUUCAACGAUAUCGCAACAAGCGAAUUCUUUUAUAGUGGAUUGAAAACUUCUCUGACCGACUUUUUGGGUCUAGAUUGGAAUUCGUUCCAUCGCUAUACAACUGGAGAACUCCUCCUUAGACAAUACGAGAAGGGAGAGGCAGUCUCCAUCAUUAUGUAUGGUAUUGUCAUGAAAAUUGUUGCUAGUGCUCUGGGUGCUGUUCUAACCAUAGUACAUAUCAUUAAAAAAACUACGCUUAAUUUUGGAUUAGGAAUGCUUAUGGGAUCUGUAAUGCAUAUCGUUAUAUUUACGGCAUGCCUGAAGACGCUCAAUGCCUUUCAGCACAAGUAUAUUGAUACCAAGAAUCGCUCACGCUCGCUUGUUGAAAAUGAAUCGUCAAAUUUUCAUAUUGUCAAAGUAUACAACCUUAAUAAAAACUCGCACGAGAGGAUACGUGAUGUAAUGCAUGCAAGAUAUAAAGCAAAGCUUGGAUACCUGGUAUACAAGUCAAAAAGCGAGCUGUACUACAAGACUAUCGAAAUAUUAUCCAAUGUCUUUGUCAUUGCACUGUACUACACAGAUGUAAUAUCAGGAGACUUUCUGGAUGCGACCGUUAGUCAAAUUUGCCAUCUAUGUGACUCUCUAAGGACGUUUCUGACGUCAAUUACAGAAUUCAGUGAAUACUUUUAUUUGUUUUGUACACUAGAGCAAGGCUUGAUCCAGGGCGAAAUUAGACCAAUUUUGCUUGACACUAUUAGCAAGAUUGAAUGCGACAGUCUUUCGUUUCAAGCCCUCUUCUCUAAUGUUAGUUUCAAGCUUGAAAAAAAUCAAAAAAUGGCUAUUGUAGGUGCAAACGGCUCAGGAAAAACCAUACUGCUUAGGAUCUUAGCUGGACUACUGGAUUACAAUGGAAGUGUUAGAUUUGAUGGAAAUGAGCUGUACCAAAUAAAUAGACAGCAUCUGUACGGUCUUCUAACAUUUAUAUCACAGGCUGAUGCCUAUUCUGACGGGAGUAUAAUGAGCAACUUGAAAUACGGAAAUAAUCUGAGCGAGGAUGAAAUAAUUGGAAAAUGCAGACGCUUCAACGUCGACUGUAUCUUUUCUGAACUAGAAAAUGGGUAUGCAAAGGAUUCGUCCUCAUUAGGAACCGAAUUGAGCGGAGGACAGAGGCAAAGAGUAAGUUUUAUGAGGGGGGUGCUGAGAAGUACGCCUGUGCUUAUUGUAGAUGACUGUCUUUCGGGAGUAAAUAUGCGAGAUAGGGGCGUUUUAGUAGAAAAUCUGCUAUCACUGAACGAUCGCAUGAUAAUUAUGACAUGCAGUAGAUUUGACUUCCUUAGUAAGUUUGAUAAAAUUUUGCUGCUGCAAGGAGAUGCGUCAAGGGCUGGAUCCUUUGACGAAUUGGAGGGCGAGCUGAGGUCGUACUUUAAGACGAACGUCAUGGCGUAA